AGACAAGUUGCCGCUCUCUUGCGUAACAAGGUCCCACAGUCUGCCAGCCGAGAACCAGCAUCAGGACCGCGAGUGCAACAACGAUACCAGUAUGAGUACGGAAAUGAAGGCGGUUGCUGUGAUGUUUGUAUAUACGCACAGAGUCCUCUACGCUUUUACUUUUGGGCACACAAUUAGUCUGUGGAUGAUGUUUACUCCUCCCUUCGUACAUCCGAUACAUCUUCACCGCGACGGGUCCUGUCAUGCUACCUUGCACUUGUUGAGUUCAUCUCAGUCGCUGCGUUCUCCAGACCAGUGUGACGAAGGACAUUGCAAAUAUGCCAGAGAUACAAUGGCGGCAAGGAGGUCGACCGCUUAGAAAACGUGCACUUCAAGAAUU